GACGCAAGUGACGCGUGUCAACCGCCGCCUGUUGGUCUUUCGCUCUCAGUUGUUGACGGUUGUUGCGAAAAUGGCCUCGACUAACCGGAGAAGAUGACUGUGUGGAGAUUUCCAAGUCAUUUGACCGCCGAAGCGUCGUCUUUAAACACGUAAAUAUACCGCGAAGUUACCCGAAACAAAGAGGACUUCCCCAAAGAGACGAGAAGAAGAAAAAAAAGACCCACAAACCACCGCGUUUUAUUAUUACCCCCCCCCCCCCCUUCCCGCGGCGCUGGCUGGCUCCGGGGAGCCGCUAUGGAGGACAUCAACUCGAACAUCAACGCGGACCUGGAGGUGCGGAAGCUCCAGGACUUGGUGAAGAAGCUCGAGCAGCAGAACGAGCAGCUCCGGAGCCGGUCCACGAUGCUGUCGUCCGCCGGGACCCACCACAGACCGCUCAGCGACGGCUACGACCCGUCGUCCCUGGCCGCGGCGGGGAUAUCGGGCGGUCUGGCCGGCUUCCCCGGGGCGGGGUUCGUCGGCUACGGCGGGCUGCUGGAGAACAGCCGCUGCCGGAGCCCUCGGCUCUCCUACGACGGCGUCAGCUACAGGAGGGCGUACGGGUACGACGACGACGACGACGGGGGGGCCACGGCCGCCGGCGCCUCCGUGCCGAGCGGAAACUCACUUUUCUCGGAAGGCGUCGGGGCUUUUACGGACGAGGCGGAGACGUCGAUCCUGGACGAAGUGGACAUCUUAGAUCUCGAGGACAUGGAUUGUCUCAACGAGGACGAGGACAGCUGGCUGUAUGAGGCGAAGCUGGACAGUCCCAUGCAGAAAGCCCUGAGUCCUAUCGUGUGGUGCCGCCAAGCUCUCGACAACCCAAGUCCAGAGAUGGAGUCCGCCAAGCGCUCCCUCAUCCACCGACUGGACCUCUCCAUGUCAGCCAACAAGCGCAGGAGCCUGUAUGGAAGCCCCUACACCCAGCAGAGCUACACCCCACAGAGCUACACCCCGCAGAGCUACACCCAGCAGAGCUACACCCCACAGAGCUACACCCAGCAGAGCUACGGAAGCCCCUACAGCACCAACGCAGCCAACAGCCCCUACAGCAGCGGCUUCAACUCCCCCUCCUCCACCCCCAGCAGGGGGCCCGUCGUCAGGCAGCAGCUGAUGGGCAGCAACGCCGCUCACCAGCGGAACACGGCGGCGGAGAGGAACCCCCCAGCGGUGAGCCCGCAGUCGUCGGUGGACAGCGAGCUGAGCACCUCUGAGAUGGACGAGGACUCGGUGGGCUCGUCCAACACCUACAAGCUCAACGACGUCACCGAUGUGCAGAUCCUGGCCCGCAUGCAGGAGGAGAGUCUGAGACAGGACUACGCGGCCACGGCGUCCCGCCGGAGCUCCGGCUCGUCGUGUCACUCCCUGCGACGCAGCACCUUCAGCGACCAGGAGCUGGACGGCCACAGCCUGGAGGACGAGGAGGAGGCGGUGCACCCGGCCUUGCACCUGCCCUCCAGCCGCUUCAGCCCCUCCCCCCGCCCCUCCCCCCGCCACUCCCCCCGCGCCUCCCCGAGGAACUCGCCCCGCUCCCGCUCCCCGGCCCGCUCCAUCGACUACGGCCACGGCCGCGGCUCGCCUCAGCCCGUCAUCAGCCGCCUGCAGCAGCCCCGCCACUCGCUGCAGGGCCACGCCCACGAGCACCAGGCCAACGCCGUGAAGAACGAAGAAAAGCUACGUCGCAGUCUUCCCAACCUCACGCGAGCCUCGGCGGUGGCGGCGGCGGCGGCGGCUCAGAACUCAGAACCCGUGAAGAACAGUCGCAGCUGCGAGUCCAACCUGCAGGUGCAGAACGGAGGCUCCUCCCCUCGCCACCAGAACCAGUCCGCCACGGCAGCAGCAGCUCAGCCCCCGAGAUACUCGACCCCCUCCCGCUCCUCCCCGACCCCCAAACAGCUCCUCCAGAGGCCGACCGCCCUGCGAGUCCCGUCGCCCAGUAAGCUGCGCACUCCGGCCACGCCGUCGCCGCUGGCCCUGCGGCAGCCGCUGAAGGCCACGUCCAACCCCGGCUCCGCCCCCUCCACGCCCACCCGCUCGCUGGCCCCCCCGCGCAGCGGCCUUCCCCGUCCCAGUGCGUCUCCAGGGGGGGGGAUCCCUCUGCCCCGCAGCAAGCUGGCCCAGCCGGUGCGCCGAUCUCUUCCGGCUCCUCGGUCCUACGGCACUGCAGGAGAAAACUGGAGAGAAGGUUGUUACUGACGUGGGGGGGGGGGGCAGCGGGGGGGGCUCCAAUCGAAGCAUCGACACCCGGAGGCGAGAUGUUCAACAUGAUGGCACUUUAUCCACCCAGAGAGACUAUGUCCCACUAAUGGAUACAUAUAUAUAUACAGUCUGAAUUAAAUAAACGCAUGGCGCCACCCGCCCCCCCCCUGCCCCCCAGGUGGCUCUGGGGGGGUCUGGCAUGUGAGCAGACCGCCCAGAAAAAAUGCCAAAGAAACCAGCUGGGCCAUCAGGUCUCCAGCUUCUGUCCCACAUCACGUCAUCGCCCCCCCCCCCCCCCCCCCUGAUUUCACCUCCUCAGGUCACAAUGUCCUCAGCGCUUCACUCGUUAGGCUCAACAGACGAUCUCUAUGAUGAUGGGGGGAGGGGGUUGUCGAUGGUGAAAGCCCCCCCCCCCCUAUGUUUUAUCCUUGUGGAAUGUAUGCACAAAGUUUUUUGGGUAAAAAUAAUUAUUUAUUGAAAUUAUUUAAGGACAAACAUCAGUAUUUCAAUUGUAAAGAAGAAAGAAAAGUGUCGACUUUUACCAGUUUGUUUGUGUCAAGAUCAACUUUCUCCACUUGAGGGAUGUUUGUCGGCUUAAGAACACCUCGACCCCCCCCCCCCCCCCCCUUAUGCCUGGAACCAAAUACCUUGGAUGGGACGUGUUUGGAGCAUCCGGUCAUCUGGGGGGGGGGGGGGCUCUGAAACUAGUGCCUAUAAUUUAACGUUUCACACGUUUGUUCAUUUCUCUUCACUUUUUGUGCCAAUUUGAUUUUUUGCCUUCUGCUCGAUUUAUUUGCCUCUUUUGUUGGUUUUAUUCUUGUAAUUGAAAACAUUGCUUUAAGGAAUCUGCCUUCAUAUUUAUAUCAAAUGACUCAUUCUGUAAAUGAAAGUAUUUAUUAAAGAGGUGCCUGUCAAAGCUCUUAUUCAGCGGAACAUUGUAAAAAGACAAACCACACCUUUUGUGUGAAAUUCUUUUGUUAUUGAAACUUUUUUUUAUAUCCACAGCCAUAACAUUCAGUUCCUCCAGUUUAAAGUCACGUUUCAAAAUAAAGGCUGAAAGUUA